AUGAAAGGAUUACUUUAUUACGGAAACAGAGAUCUUCGGUACUCUGAAGACAUCGAGACCCCACAGAUAAGAAAUGCAAAUGAGGUGCAAAUCGAUGUCGCGUGGUGUGGAAUUUGUGGCUCAGACUUGCACGAGUAUCUAGAAGGCCCACUUUUCAUGCCCACGGUUGCAGAUCAUAUUUCUGGCAAAAAGAUGCCGCUGUGUAUUGGACAUGAGUUCAGUGGGGUGGUGAAAACCAUUGGAAAGGAUGUCACCCAUGUCAAGGUUGGUGACAACGUUGUUGUGGAAGCCACAACACAUUGCUCUGAUAGGCCAAGAUUCUGUAACGAUCACUCCAAGUGUCUGGCCUGUUCUCAGGGUUUUUUCAAUUGCUGCAGUCGUCUGAGUUUCACGGGACUUGGAACGGACCACGGUGGGUUCAGCGACACCGUGGUCGUAGGUGCGGAUCACGUCUUGAAAAUCCCAGAUAAUAUUCCCCUUGAUAUCGGUGCACUGGUUGAGCCCCUGAGUGUUGCGUGGCAUGCAGUGGAGCGCUCUAACCUGAGAGAAGGUCAAAGUGCUUUAGUUCUUGGGGGUGGACCGAUAGGUCUGGCUGUUGUGAUGGCCUUACAAGGUCACAAUGCGGGCAAAAUUGUUGUCAGUGAACCUGCAGAGAUUAGAAGACAGUUCGCGGCCAAUCUGGGAGUCGAGGUUUUCAACCCUACCGAACAUGACGAUUGUGUGGGUGCACUUAGAGAGCUCAUGGGCAUCAAGGAAGGAUUCGAUGCUUCAUACGACUGUUCUGGAGUUCCUGCUACCCUUCUCCAGUCGAUUGAGGCGUUAGGCCCUAAAGGUAUUGCUAUUAACGUGGCGGUAUGGCCCAACGUUCCAACCCCAUAUAUGCCUAUGGAUCUGACAUUCCAGGAAAAAACUGCUACCGGAUCUAUGUGCUACACAAUAACGGACUUCGAGCAGGUGAUUGAGGCGUUGCACACGGGCCAGAUGUCCAUGGAAAAGGUAAGAAUGCUAAUCACUGGUAAGAUCAAUCUCAAGGACGGAAUAGAACAGGGCUUCGCCCGGUUGAUCAGCCAUAAAGAGCAGAAUGUCAAGAUCCUAGUCACUCCCCACGCAAUCUAA